UACCGAUAUCGACGAAAACAUUGUAACAGUUUUGUUUAAUAACAUUAAUAUUUAACUUGCUUCUGUGUUGUAUUUAUCAGUUGGGUAUUAUUUAUUUUGAUUCACAAUGUCUGCACAUCCGAUGACAAUAGAAAUACUAGAGAAUGAUCCGUUACAAGAAGCAAAUUUAACAACCUUUUACCAACAAAUGAAAUCCACAUAUGAGACUCUAAGUACUGUCAGCUAUUUCACAGAUAUAAUCAAGAUUAUAAUCAUAAUUUUUGUAAUAUUAGUUGAUAUAUUCUUAAUCGAUAUACUACGAUGUAACUCAAAGCUGAAAACAAAAGUCAAUCAAAUUAUUUUGCAUUACUCUGUAAGUCAUAUUCUGUUUACAAUCUGUCAUACAUUGGUUUUUGACUUUAUCAUUGUAACUGGCCUUAUAUUAUAUCUUCCUUCGAUACUAUUCGAUAUUCUAUACUUUUUUCAGAAUUUCGGUUUACUGUUGAAUUAUAUAUUUUCUUUUGGUCUUGGAAUGGAGUGGUUAUGCACAGUUUAUAACCCAUAUUUUGGACAACACUGUAAAACUAUUAAUAAUUACUCGAUAAUUAUGUUUUAUUUAAUAGGAGCUGGGUUAUGCGGUAUACAAGUAGGUUUCAUGUUUACUUCCUACUGGUAUGUAGAAUCGAUUAUUCCAAAAAUGAUAUAUUUAGUUUGUCUAAUGUUUAUAUUAGUAUGCAACUUAUUUCAAUACAAGAGACGAAAUAUAGCUAAUAAAGAUACUUAUGUUUUAUCCAUAGCAAACGUUUUAAUAUUAUUUUGGGUACCAUUGUUUAUUUAUGACGAGUUUUUAAUGUAUUGGACUUACGGUUCUUACAUUCUGUACACCAUAGCUUUGUUUACCAUUGAUAUUCCACAAUGGUUAACUUUUAUUACACCCAUUGCCGUGGUUAUCAUAUUAAGAAGACAUGACGAACAAUUUAGAAGAGCCAUAGAUAGAAGAAGCAUGUGGUUACUGAAGAAUUCUGACGAAAAUUCAGAAGAAGACGAUGAACAAAAUAAUGUAACUUCUGAUACAAAUAUUUUUAAUGUUUAAAUAAAAUAUUAACCUUAUUUUAUUAAAUUUUAUUUGUUAUUUCUUAUUUUGUUGCAUCUUUUUAUUUUCUUGCCAGCAUAUAUUAUGAUGAGCAUGUUGAUGGUAGUGAGAACAAACAUCGUUUAUAUGUAAAUGAAAAAUGGAAGGACUGAAUAUCAUACCUUGUGGGA